AUGGCACAAGAGGAGGAGGCAGGGCAGCCUACAGAGGACGAAGAACCGACCGACAUCCUCGACCGCCUGCGCCGCGAGGACCGCGUGUCGCUGACGCCGGAGCAGCCGAUGCUCGGCCGGCGGCGCUCCUCGUCGACGCCUGCCGCGCCGCCGCCGCCGCCGCCGCCAGACGGAGAGGAGUCCAUCCUCGACCGGCUGCACCGCGAGCAGUCGCCCACAGCAGCGGCGGCCGUGGAGGGCGAGUCCAUCCUCGACCGAUUGCGCCGCGAGCAGUCUCCGGUGGCAGCAGCUGCAGCGCCACCGCCACCGCCGGACGGGGAGGAAGAGUCGAUCCUCGACCGGUUGCACCGGGAGCAGUCGCCCACGGCCGCCGAGGGCGAGUCCAUCCUCGACCGGCUGCACCGCGAGCAGUCGCCCGCAUCCCGCUUCCGGCGCGAGCGGUCGCCGGCGACGGCGGACAAGGAGCGCUGCGUGGGACGCAAAGUGACGCGGGGGCGGCACAGCUGGACCUGGGUCGAGUUCCAGGACGAGCGGGACCGGCGCCUGCACCGGCUCCGCCGCGACCCGUCGCCGCCCGCGCCGCCGUCCGAGGCGCCCGAGCGACCGGCGGCGCCCGCGGCCGCCGACGAGAACACGGACGCGGCCGGCUACCAGUACGUCUACGUCACCGCCGCGGCGCCGGCGCCGGCGGUGCCCCGGGGCCCGCGGCGCGUGACGUGCUACAUGUGCGGCCUCCAGGCCGGCACGAAGUCGAUCCGCUUCCAUCACGAGAAGUGCGCCGCGCGCUGGCCGGCGACCGAGGCGCGGCCGCUCCCGCCGGCCGUCGUCGUGCCCGCGGGCGGCGCGGCGCUCGCGGCGUACAACCGGCAGGCCGCCGCGACCUACGCGGCGCACAGCAAGCGCGCGUGCCCGCUCUGCGGCAAGGUCGUGCACCAGGCGCCCUCGGCCUCGCGCACGGUCGCCGACAAGCUCCGGGACCACCUGCGCAACGAGUGCCCGCACCGCCGCGGCCACAAGGCCAAGGCGUCCAAGGUCUCGCGGGCCGGCGGGCGCGCGCGCGCGGAACGGCCGCCGGCCGAGGCGGACCUGAGCCGCGGCGGCGCCUCGCGGCAGCCGCGGGCGCCGAACGUCCGCCUGCGCCCGCCGCUCGACGCGCCGCCGCCGCCGCCGCCGCGCCGCCGCGCCGGUCCCUCCGCGCGCGCCGUCGCCCGCCGCGAAGCCAUGCGCGACCCGCUGGUCCGCGAGGGCCUCCGCGCCGCGGCGUUGGCGGACCAGCGCGGCGACGGCGCCCGGGCGAGCGCGGAGCGACGCGGGGCGCGGCUCGUCGCCGCGUCUAUCGCGAACCGUGUCGAGCGGCGGAGGACGGGGAACAAGCAGUUCGCCGUGGCCGGGGGGCAGUACGCGUACUAA